UACAGUGUUGUAUCUGUGUUUGUUUGUACAGUGAUAUCUGUUUGCAUAAUAAAUGAUGUUUCCUAUUGUUGUAUUGUUGCUAAUUAACUUGAAGAGCCGCCAUCAAUUAAUUUUUCGAUAAAAAUUACAUGAUGCAUUGUGAGCUUAAUUAUCGAAUAUAUGCAAACACUUAAGUGGGUUGAAUUGAUUUCUAGGAAAAGAGUACAGGCUGUGUGAGACCGACACCUACUGCAUGUUUUGGUGGUGACCAUUGGUGGCUCUUCACUGAGUUUGCACACAUGUGUAUCCUUAGAGACAGUCAUGUGAAUCAUGAUCGAUAGUCCAGUACAUGCAUAGUUUAUACGAUUGUAAUAGCUAUAUGAUGAGAAAAGGAACUGGAGUUCGUAUAUAAGUUUAGAGCAUGAUCAGUAAGUCAAUUGAUCUAAGAAUUGCGAGUGAAAAUCAGAAACAUCUACCAUUAUGAUGAUUGGAAUACUUUUCGUCGUUGCAUCUUUACAAUUAGUCGCCUGUGUUCCCAUCAACACCACAGUAGCUGUCAGUCCAAUGGAGGAGCAAACAGCUCAACAGGAGCAACAAGACAUUGCCUGUCUUCUCAGAGAUAAUGCAGGAAAGAGAUCGACAUUCUACACAGCUGUUCGAGCAAAGCACGGAUUCCAAGACACGCCAGUGCGAUCACUUCGGCCGAAAGUGUUUCAGAGUGACUCAGUCCGAUGCUUUAGUCAGCGUCAAUGCCCGGAGUCUGAGAUCACCUGGUGCUUCAAUCUGUACCAUCCCUCCAAGUGUAUUGAGGUGUGUUGGGACUCUAGUGGCAAUGUCAUCAAUAUGACUGAGAAUGGUCUCCCUCUUGAGCUCGACAGUGUCUUCAGUGUAACCAAUGGAUGUUUGUUCAGCGGUGGAGAUUCGUGUGUGGAGUUAAAAGACACUCCGUUCUUUGUCGAUGGAGGACUCCUCACAUGUACGGCUGAGAGCAGCAGCUGUGUCCAUAAGUCAUUCAUUAGCAUCACCGUAGAUUACGUAGGUCUCACUACUGAUCCUCCGACUAUACAGUUCCACAAUGCAUCGAGUGAGCUUGUACUAGGGGAACAGAACAUCUACCUUGUAUCUGCCGAGUAUCCAACUGAGCCAAUCGAUUUCUUCUUUGGAUUUAGUGAUGGUCUUACGCCAUACAUUAAUGGAGAACCUGUUGCCAUGACAAUUCCUCAGGAUGGGCCGUUUUGUGAGGUAACUGAUGGAUGCUUAGCUGCCAGCCCACAGUAUGACAACACCAGGACAGAGCGUGUCCGGUUCUACAGCUCCAUGGUAACCGACUACGGGUGUCCAGCCACCUCACGCACAUUCUACAGCUGGCUUGUCAUUGAUGAUGCACAAGAGGCGGAUGACCUUGUUGAGUACCGAUUCCGUGCCUCUGUGUAUGUGUACGACCCUUACCCACAUCAAGUUUACAAUGAGUUCACUCUCAACCUAAGUCCAGUUGACCAGCCAGGAAGUGGAGAGGACAUGACAUUGUGAUGAAGAACAAUAAAAGCAUACUGAACAUUCUCAUGAUGAAUUUAGCACAUUAGACAAGUGUAUAAAAGUGAAAACCAUUAUUCUUUUCAUGAAAAAUAAUUAUGAAAUGGACAAUGAA